AUGCAAGCAAACAGAAAGAAAGCUAAAGAAGAGUGCAAGUGUAGACGUGGUAGAAGCCAGCAAGGCACGAGUUGCAAAGUUUGUCAAACAAGAGCAUUAGUUUGUUAUCUUUCUCAUACAACCCAACAAAAAACUGUCCACCUAACAACAAAGUUAAAUUAUAUAGCAUAUUAUUCUGUGUCUUACUUUGUUUGUUAUGUUGUAGUUGAAAAUAAUAAUAAUAUUUUCGGUCAAAAUAAUAAUAAUAAUAAUAAUAAUAAUAAUAAUAAUAAUAAUAAUAAUAAUAAUAAUAAUAAUAAUAAUAAUAAUUUUAAAGAUAUGGACCAGAUAAUACUCAACUCUUCAAUCUAUUUCGUCAAGAUUUAUGGGGUAGAGUUUUAUUUCGAUGGUACCUCAAAAAACGUCAAUGUAUUCACACACCAACCAGAAUCAGAGCCUCCAUUUAGUAUAGAUUCCUUUAAUAUUCAAACGGCUGGAGAUGCUGGUGAGAUAGCAUUCGUCGCCAAGAUGGAAUCGCUUCUCAUUGGACAAUUCGUCAUGGUAUCGAUCAGCUCAAGCAUGUCUGUCAAGACUGACUCGAUCAUCAGAGCAUGUUCAUCGAUUGGUAGUGUCGACAUCAAUACUCGUACCACAGGUUCAUCGCUGUCAAUCAUUGGAUACAAGGGUCAAGCAAUGGGAACAGCCACCGAAGGUGCAGGUCAACAGUCGCAUCUGUUCAAAGCGUACAGCGUCAUGUCCAACUCUCCCAGUAUCACACUUACCCAAGCGGACGACUACUCCACCUCACUCACAAUCAACAACAGACCGGUCUCUCAAAUUUUGCCAGAGGGCGGCGUCCAUGUAAUGGUCUUCUCACCAGACUUGACCCUAUUGAACUCUGUCAGCUUUUACAAUUUUCGACCAGACGUAGCCACCAUGAAUGCCAGGCUUAUCGCGCUCCUCAAACAGCAAAGCAAAUCGAAUGUGAUUGCCAUCUCUAUUACUAUGAUGUACGGCCUCGAGAAUAUAGGCCUAUCUAAGGAAUGCCUCCAAUUAUUCAAGGACCGAUUCGGCAGUAACCGUAUCGAUAAAAUAUCCUUGUACAAAAAAUGGAUUAUUGUUUCGGUUGACGGUGUAGCUGCCUGCGAGUAUAUAUCAUCUGACGAGCCGGUCACUGCCACCUACCACGCCAAUCAAUCUGGAAUCAACUCUGAUUUGCGGAUAUCAACAGGAUAUUCCACGUACAUUGGUGGCAGAGCAGUAGUUGAGCCUCACAAAUAUGAUUUUUCAAUGACCGUACUCUCCGAUACCUCAAACUCUUUCACACACUAUCGAGUCAUGUUAGACGACCGAGUCCACAACCCAUCCGAAAUUGCUCUAUCAGAUGUUGCCAACUUUAUCCAAAACUCGAUUCCCAUUGGCAACGUGGUCAUUGUGUCAAUACAACAACAAUUAAACGGUAAUACAGACUAUCCACCAGCCCUAUUGGCAGCGCUGAAAACCUUGGGUGCCAAUUUGACAAGUCAAAUAGGUUAUCACACAUCGUAUACUUUGAUUGGAAGAAAAGGUAGUUCUCCUGGCUCUGUUCCAGAACAGAUCAAAAACUAUGGUUAUGCUGGUAAUGAUGCCAAGUUUUACAUUAAUUGUCAAGAAAUUACAUAUUCAAAUAGUCAAUCGCUCAAUAUGAUGGUGGUUGAUACAGAUGGCGAACCCUUAUCUGUAACCUCUUAUGAUACAACCUCAAGUAGCGGUGAUCCAGACUCAUUUGUUGCUUAUCUCAAAACUAUUCCAACGGGAUAUUUCGUUGCACUCGCUACAAAAGGCAACUGGACAGCCGGUCUUGGAGAUGAAGCCAGAGACCUAAUCACCACCAUGCUUGGAGGAGUCAAGUAUGGAACAGUGGCACAAAAUGGGUCAUCCUAUUCCAUCAUUGGAAAGGUUGGUGCCUCGAUUGCACCGGUCCAAUCGUUUUUGUUGGCUGGUACCUACCCGGCAGUGUCAUCGAUUAGACUCCCCUGUCUGUCGCUGAUGAGUGAAAUCACGCCAGCAGUGAGCUACAACUCAAUUCUAGUCAGUGGCACAGAUAUAAAAGUAAACGGUACAACUGUUCAAUCAACUACUACUAGUGGUAUCAUAGUCUAUGCAAUUGGUCAAAACAUUGUUGCAGGACAGACACUAUAUGAUUUUAUCAAAUCAAUGCCAAACGGAAGGGUUGUCAUUUGUCAAACAACAACUACACCAAACGACAGUCAAAAGCUAGCAUUGCAAAUGAUUGGAGGAAGUAAAUAUGACUUGGCAGUAACCAACAACCCCUCGCCCGUCUACACAAUCAUUGGCAGAAAAGGAUGUUCUCCUGGAUCAGCCAUGGAACUGUAUUCCGAGGGCAACUCAACGAUUGGGAUGGGAUCGGUUGAGCUGAGCGACCCAGUUUUGCUCAAAACCGAAGAGUACCACGAUUACUCUGUGUUCGUGCAGCUCGUCCCAAGUGGCGAAUUGGAUUUAGCCAACUACAAACCCGAUUUGGUAGAGUUUGGACCGAUUGCCGAUCAAGUGAAUGAAAUCAUCAACAUUGGAGUCCACGUGGUUGUCUACAUUGCAACUUGCUAUUCCGGCAGAGCGAUGGAUUUUAUGACCCCAGAUCACAUCAUCACUUCCACAGGACGAAAUACUGAAAACAACAGUCUCGGUGCUAUCGAUAGUCUCUGUGGCAAUCUACCGUUAUUCACACCAACAUACAUCGAAGUGUUCAAUAGAAUCGUGACAAAUACCGGUCUAGAAAGAUCAAAAAACGGUGCUGAUGCUCCUCUAAUGGAUCCAAUGGGUGCUCGAGCUAAUGAGGUAUUCCUCGCUCUUCCUCCACCACCCUCCAAAGUCGUUCCACUGCAUCUCUGCGAUGCAUCCGAGUGCUCAUUAUCCUUUUGCCUCAGAAGAUUUGCAACCCAAAAAGACGAUCUUGCCAUCCCAGCCACUCAUCGAUGUCAAUGUCACAAUGUAUCUCUGCAUCCAGAAUGCUCCAUCUUUUUGCAUAACACCGAUAUUCGACGUCCAAUCAUUCAUCGUUCACCAAAUACUACUACUACUACUGCUACUGCCUCGACAGUCAAAGAGUAG